UAUCGUUAAUUCCGAAUUCGGCUCCUACCGUAUACGCUGAUUUGGUAAACUUUUUAUUUAUACCCCACUCAAAACUGAUAAACAUUAGUUUUCAACACUUUUAGCUACAGUCUACUUAGUAAUCGUAGUAACUGUUUAUCUAAUGCUUUUCUACAAUGUCUACACGGUCGGGAAAACGUAUUCAUAUUGAAGAUGAACACAAUAUAGAAACAGACAUAAAGAAUGCAGUUCAAAGAAAAACUCGCAGUAAAAAGCCAAAGGAUAAUGAUACUGAGAAUAUCGAUGGUGUGUCCAAAAGAAAGCACUAUGUGAAAUAUCCAUCCGAAGAGGACGCGGAUAUUCCUGAAAACCCACCAGAAAUUGAAUCUCGAAAGUCUCGACGGCACACUCUAAAAGAGUUAAAUACUGUUGAUAGUCUCAGCGUCCUAAAUCCAAUAAGAAACACACGCAAAACGAGGGCGGAAGGGACGGAGACACCAGCAAACGAUUCAACUGAAACUGACAAGAAAAAAAAGAAGAAAAAAGUGAAAGUUUCACAAAUAGAACCAGAAGACACAAAUAAAGUAAAGAAGAAAAAAAACAAUAAGAAGAAAAAAGGCAAGUCUGGUUCUGUAAAUACUGAGUGCUUAGAGACUGGUAUGUUGCAUGAUAGAAGUAACAUAUCAGUUGAAUCCUUCCAUAGUGCUGCAGGCAGCAUUCAUGAGGCAGAUACUGACAGAUCUGGAGUAGAAGUUGCUAAUGGUGGAAGAGAAUUAAGGAAUAUUCAAUAUUUUGAACCACAAGGAAGUUCUAACACUGACACUCUUAUCUCAACCAAACCUGGUGAGCAGGUGAUCGCUGAUAAUCAAAUUUCAAACAUUGAUAAGGUAUUCAAAAAUAAGACAAGGUCACAAACCAUAAAGGACAAAACAUCCUUAGGACCUCUAGAUGUCUCCACUUCACCAAAGCAAAGUAAGACUAGUGUGAAACUAGAUAAAAAGAAAAGAAAAAAAUUAUUGCAAUUAGAGACAUCAAAUGAUGCUCAUAACACAGCAAACGAACCAAAAGUGAAUACAACAUUUGAUGAAAGUAAUAAUUGCCUCAAAUUAGAUAUUAAGAAUUCUACUUAUGAUAAAAUUGAUUUGGAAUCAAACAGCAUUGUGUGUAGAAGCAAAAGAAAUAACUCUAUGGCUAACAUCAAUAAGAAAAGCUCAUCACCUAAUAAUCAUUCACUCAACCAAACACAAUCCUCCGCACAUUUGGUUGAUUCUCAUAAUGUUUCAAUAACGACACUGAAUAACACAUGUGAUAGAACUAACAAAAAAAGUAGUCCUCAAGUGAACACAACAUUUGAGAUGGAAAAGAAUGAAAUAUUAAAUUCAACAUUUGAUAAGCCUCUAGCAGAUUCUUCUCGAUCUUCUUUAAUUAGUUCAGAUGCCUCUAAUGCCACAUAUGACAAACCUAAUGAUUCACAUAUCAGUGUAACUAGUGAUCUUUCCCAUACAGAAGAUGUUGCAAACAUAAAUCCUGUUUUAAUAGAAAGUAGCACUGAUGAGUCACAGAUGUUUCCUGGUAUCAAUAUAGUUCCCCCAACCCCCAUGAAACGGGAAGAUACUUUCACAAAAGAAGGCUUGACUGAAGAUAAGAAUACACCUAAAAACCAGUCUGCAGCAUCUCCGGGACGGACACCAUUUCCUGCCUCCAAAAGCUCUUCUAAAGAUAAGAGCAUGCUGAAUGUUACAAGAUCUAUAGAGAAGUCCAGAAAGUCAUGGGCACUGGACCAGGAUAUUGCCCCAAAAAGCACUAAAGUAAUGUUUUGCAGUCCUGUGAACACUCCUAUGAUUGUCAAUCCCCAAAAACGUAAGGUUAUCAAAUCUAACUUGAAAGGAUCUAACAAAAGCUUUGUGUUUGAUGAGAGUGUUUCCUCCAUAUGCAGUCCAUUAACCCGCAAGAGAUCUCUAACUCACAAUGGUGUAGACCGGCUCCAUUCUAAGCGCAAGCGACUCACUGAUGAUCAGCAGUACUCCAUUGACAGACUUUCUCGGCCGAGGACUACAAGUGCCUCAGCCAAGCUCGAGGAAGCCAAAAGGCAAACCCAGCAACUGACCCCGAGUAAAACCCAGGACAACCGGCGCAAACUGCCCAACUUCGCUGCUCUGCAUCAGAAGCAGUUCGACAAGAUGGAGUCGCUGGGCGAAUGUCAGGAGAGGAAGGCCCGGCGAGCUCGACAGAUGCUGACGCCGGCCGCGGUCAAUCUCACUGAGAGGGUCAAAGAUAAGAAGAUAGACGUACGACAAAUGGAUUUAAAAAAGAGCACCCCAAAGAUAAAACUACCUACACUGGAGUCUAUUAAUCCAGGUUACACGCGGUUCGGUUUCAAAAUGCACACCGAAGGCAAUCCGUUUCUCAAUUCAGCCAGACCUGAAGUGAAGAAGCCGAACGGAAAUACCAGGGCCACACCGCUGCCGUCCCUUGCCGGCGCUACGGGGAGGAAAGAGAUAGCGAGACAGACUGUGAUGAGAGAGAAAUCACUUACAAAAAGAAGAAAUGCGGAUAGAGAGGAGAAUAGAACCAUCAUUAAAGGUGUCCGCACUAACAGACGGUUUGACUUGCAAAUGAAAAUGAGGAAUAUUAACUGACUUACUUUAUGACAUUGUUUGAGCCUAGGCUUGACUAGAGUUCAUUUACACCAGUUAAUAAAAAAAUACUUAUAGAUAGGAAUACAUAUUAUUUGCACGAAAUAAAUGUAACAAUGUAGGUUAUAAAUAAUAAUAUGGUCAUUAUUAGAUUAAAUAUAAAAGACACCCAAAGUGGUAUCUAAAUUUGAAAUAAUCAAGUGUGAAACAAAUUUCAGAAAAACGCAACGAAUUUUGGAAACGGCCAUUGUUCAGUAGGUAUGUUACUUACUUCAGAUUAAAAUAUAUUUCUAGAUCUUUGUACAGUAUGUAAAAAGAAAAUAAUGUUUCAUAAAUACUUCAUUAUUUUUCAUAACAUCAUCUCAUCAUCAGCCGGAAGACGUCCACUGAAGGACAAAGGCCUCCCCCCAAAAGAUCUCCACGAGGAUCGAUCCCGCGCUCCCCUCAUCCAACGUAUUCCGGUGACCAGAUCGUCGGUCAAGACAAUAGUGGGGGGCUUACUAACUCUGCGUCUUCCGGUACAUGGUCGGCCUCCAGCCAUCUGUCCGUCGAACUGUUGGCCCGCUACCACUUCAGUUUCGCAAUCAUUUGGGCUAUUUCGGUGACUUUGGUUCUCCUACGGAUCUCGUAAUUUCUGAUUCGAUCUCGCAGGGAAACUCCGAGCGUAGCCCUCUCCAUUGCCGUCUGAGCGACCAUGAGGUUUCUCAUCAGGCCCAUAGUUAGCGACCACGUCUGUGUACCGUAAGUUCUCCUGGCAACACACACUGGUUGAAAACCUUUAAUAUCUAUUUUAUUUUAAUGGUGAAUCCCAUUCUAUAUUUAAUAGUAAUCUUAAAUUGACGAUCCGAAUUUUAUAUUAAUCCAUAUCCUACUUUGGUAUUUCAAUAACCUAAAAUAUAUUUUAUAAUAAUAAUAUUAAUUAUAAAAUAAAAAAAUAUUUUAGUGAUCUCUAUUGGGCCAUCUGUGACAUGACUUUUUAUAAUUAUUAUAAGCUUGUUUUUUGUAUGAAUGUGACAGAUAAGCGUUCUGUAUACUUUAUGCAAAUGGUAAAUAAGUGUGUGUCAUAUUAACGUCUUCGUCACUAUUAGGUACGUCACAUAAAUAGUGACUUGUCCCUUAUCUCAACGCGCGGGUAUCACUCAACACGUCUGAGACUGACUGACUGAGACACACUUGCCGCGGUGUGUACAUAAUGCUUGAACCAUCAUACAACGCUAUAUUUCUAAGAAUUAAGAGAGACGGUUAAGUAUUAAUUAAACUAUUAAAAUAUUGACACACUUUCACACAAAUUAACUUGCCCCAAACUUGGCAAAGCAUACACAAGCUACUUAUCAACAUAAUACUUGCUGUACAAAGAUCUGUCCUUGAAACUAACUUUACAAUUCAUGUUCGUAAUAUAUGUAUUAGCAACAGAGCUUUUAUAAUAAAAGUCAACUUGCGGUUAACCGUUUGCCGAUUGGACAUAGUAUGAUCUCCCUUGACGACAACCAAUCAAAUUUUGCCUCCUUGCACUAAAAUAGUUUGAGUUUUGUAUGGCAGAGGUCACCUGAUGUUAAGUGAUCACCGCCGCCCACAUUCUCAUGGAACACCAGAUCACAGUUUUUUUUAAAGAUAGGUCAUAUCGUAUCGUCCUGGAAACACUGCGAAAAGAAGCUCAUUCUAUUGUUUGAUGUGGUUAAAGCACGUCCUUUGAUUUCUUCUUUCUUGGAAGGUGGAUCGAGGCUGACUGGUGAAUGGAAUUGACUCAGGGUGGAAGGGAAUGUAUAGGGUAGGGUAGGUUUAGUGGGCAGGUGUCAUGCGAGCAAUAGCCUUCCAAAUCCGAAACAUUUUUGGCGAGACUUUCAAAUGACAUUGUUGAAUGCCCAUCGCAACUUGUUGUGAACCUGUGUCAUUUUCUUUUGUGCCACUUUGGAUUAUUGCAUUCAAAUGUAAAAUGCGAAAGAGAGUUUGUAUUAAAUAACUUAUUGUAUUUGUUAUACCGGGCGACUUAUUAUUAUUAUUAGAAAUCAUGUUUUUGUUGCAUUCUAUAUAUCUAUGGAAUUAUUUUACCAUGACUUAUAAGUUGUGUAUUGUUUUAUAUUCAUCAAAUAUAUUAUGUAAUUCAGAUCUUUAAUCACACAAUUUCGUAUGAAAAUUAUUAAAGAUACAGAAGAAUAAAAGAACUUCUUCUUAACACUCCACCGUCACCCAUAUGGGGAUUAUUUUAGAAUUCAUUAAUAUAAUUUUAUUAGUUUUACAGUAAUUUAAUUGAUGUAAACGACAUAAGAAUGUAGUUUGUAAACCAUUUUAUUAAUAAAGUUUUUAUAUUAACUCUUA